UUGAAAUUAUCGACUAGGUUUCUUAUGAUAUUGUAAACUUAAAUACAUCCAUUAGCGAUAAAGCUUUGGAGUUGUCACUUACACAUUUUUAUCUAAAUGGCUUUUUAUGAAACUUUUCAGAAGCUUUCAAUGGCUUAUAUAUGGAAGUUCUCUCAGUAUAUACAUAGACAAUAUGCAUGCACUGAGUUCAAUACAAAUAUCAAAAGGUGCACAUUUAGGAAAAGUUUCUUGAUCUGUUAAACAGCUAUUAGAGUAUUUCAAUAAUUUAAAAUGUUUUCUUUUGCUUCUUUAAUUUUUUAAAAUCUCUUCUUGUCACUUAACCAUAAAUAAAGAAAGGGAGUUAAAUCAAAAUGUCCAAAAUGUCACUUGCAAGAAAUGAUUAUUUUGAAAUUAAAGGUAACAGAGCUGCCUCACAUUCAUGACCCCGAGAUGCGGGGUUACAGGUUGCUAGAAAAAGAGGCAGAGGAUGUUGUCCGCUGUGUAAAAUAUGAAAGAGAGGAAGAUGUGGUGCGUAUAUUACUGAAGAAUGAUCGUGAUUCGAGAGAAAUCUGUACAAUAAUUGUACAAGAUGGCAGUACAGCUCUACAUGCCAUGGCACAACAAUCAAGGCCACAAAUUCUGCAGUUAUUGCUUGACCUUGGAGUUAACAUUAAUGCCAGAAAUAAUGAAGGCAAGACUGCAUUGCAAACAGCCCUACUCUACAACAAUUUACUUGCUGCUCGCAUGCUCAUAGACAGUGGAGCAGAUAUCAACGAGACCCUUUCUAAACGUACGGGAAUGUCUUUAUUACAUAAACUUGUAAUGAGAGACAAUCUUCAGGGGACACAACUCUUAGUGGAAAGAGGUGCAUUAGUGAAUACCCGUGAUUCAGCAGGAAGAACGCCCCUGCAUUUGACUUUGUUAAGAAAUAGCUCCAAGAUGACACAGUAUUUGAUUGAGAAAGGCGGAGAAGUAAAUGCAAUAGAUGGAAAUGGAGACAGCUUAUUACAUGUAUCUUUACAAUACAAAAAUACAGACAUAACUAAGCUGCUUAUUCAGAAGGGAGCAGACGUGACAUUGAAAAAUAAACAAGGCCUUACCCCCUUACACCUGGCAGUUGACGGUCCAUUUGUAGACAUUACACGAGUAAUUCUCAAAAAGAGUACAACUAACGUGAACACAAAAGAAAAACUAAUGGGAAGAACACCACUGCAUUUAGCGUGUGCACUGAACUGCACACAAAUUGCACGAAUGCUUACAGAUCAUGGUGCAGAUGUGAACUUGUCUACAACUUUUCGUAAAUCCCCGCUACAUAUAACAGCAAAACAUGGGGCAACAGAAACUGCCCAAUUGCUCAUCAAACAGCAUGCCAAUGUUAACAUGCUUACUACUGGCAAUAAAACACCUCUACAUGAGGCAAUUGAGUAUAGAAGUUACAAUAUUGGAACUCUUUUAGUUCAAGCUGGGACAAAUAUUAACUUUCGAGAUCUUCAUGGAUUAACUCCUCUACACUAUGCUGUAAAUGCUCAAGCGCUUAGUUUUGUGACAUAUUUACUGCAUCAUGGUGCAAUGAUAAAUGCACGAGACAAUAAACAAAAGACAGCGUUACACCAUGCUGCACAACUCGACAGCCAUGAUAUAUGUAUGUUUCUGCUUAAAGCUGGAAUUGAUCGUGACUCUCCCGAUGAAGACAACAAGCUGGCAGAUUUCUACGCAACUACUCCUCAACUUAAAACUAUUCUCAAAGAAGGACACGAACCAAAGAAAACUGACAAGAAAAAAACUCUGUCAAGACAUUAGAAAAGAUAAUGGUCAUUGUAUUUGGGGAAAAAAACAUCAGAAAACUUCUAUCAUGAAAAUGAUAACUGCAAUUAUAUAUCAUUUCCAAAUUUUAUAUUUCAACAUUAAAAACUAGAACAAGGACAUUAAAAUAUUGAACUUGAAAGUUUAAAUUGAUAGAUGAAGAUAACCUUUGUUUUCUGUGAUAAAACUAUUUCUUUUAUUGUUUUAUUUUCUUAUAUAGCACUCUUGGUUUUUAUUAUUAUUACAUUGUUACACAGUUA